UUAUAACUAACUGUUGGCCAAUCACAUUGAUAUUCUGCUAAACCGUGAUUUGAAUGGAUUUUUGAAUUUCCCAGUGUCUGUUAUACAUCUUUCUUAUGAAGUUGUUUUCAGGGUGUGCAGUACGUGCCAUUGAUCUUUAAUUUUUUGGAUUACUGAUACUUGUGUUUAGAUUACAUCGUGUGCUUAGUUUGAUCAGAAUAUGAUCGUUAAAUGUUGAGACAAAAGUUAACUUGUUCUGGAUAAUAUAUGAUUAAACAUUUAACACAAUGAAAAGGUCUUUGCCUAUAUUUUCACAGAUUGGAAAUUCUGAGUUUACAAAUGAAUGUGGUACUCCAAAUUGUGAAACAUCCAGUAUGACUGAGAAAAGCAAUGUGAACAGGGGUAGCUUCAGCAAUCAGAAUGUCAGUGAUUCUCCUAUACAUUUAUCUUCAGAUGGAGAGGGGUUCAUAAUCCACCAGCCACAAAUUCCCAUUUCUCGUGGUGGCACAUUAAUCCGAUCCCAAUCAAUACCCUCUCUAAAAUGUGGGAAUGAAGAUUUGCAAGGUGGGACUAAAUUAUCAUUAGGUAGAUCUGUAGGACCAGGGGACCAAACUCCUGUCACUCAUUUAUGUACAUCACGUCAGAGUGGCAGUGGACAAAUCCCAUCAGGUGACCACUCUAAAACAAAACUCCCGUCUCAGAAACGGCUGUCUGAUCAUCAUCAUGGAACACGUUUAAAACGUUUCUUCAGUGAAGCAAAUCUCCAAAAGGUAUCAGCUACACCAGACUGCUUCAGUAAAGUUCACAUGGAAACUCCAAGGAAUAAGGUUGAGUCAGAAGAUCUCCCAGUAUUUCCAAGUGAUGAAACUAGUCAUCUCACAGUUGGUGUACGUGUAAGACCAUUUAAUAUGCGAGAGCAGAAUGACUUUGCUGUGGUAAAUGUUGUAAGUGUGGAUGGGAGCAAAAUUAAGAUGAUGAGUGAAUCUGGAACAACAUAUACCUUCAUUUAUGAUUACUGCUUUUGGUCUUGUGAUCCAGAGCACCCUCAAUUUGCAAGUCAGGAUGUGAUCUUUAAUACACUGGUCCAGCCACUUAUAGACAAGGCCUUCCAAGGGUACAAUGCUUGUCUGUUUGCAUAUGGCCAAACUGGCUCUGGAAAAAGUUACAGUAUGAUGGGACUGGAUAUUGAUAUUGGGAACUCCAUUGGGAAUGAGGUUGGCAUCAUCCCUCGCUUUUGUUAUGAGUUAUUUGAGCGUAUUGCUUCCCUAGAAGACUCAGAUAGCAGUACAAGAAAGUCUACGUGCAAUGUUGAAAUCAGUUAUUUUGAGAUUUAUAAUGAGAAGAUACAUGAUCUUCUAGGCGGAUCAUCUGAUGGAAAACGUGCUCCACUAAAAGUGCGAGAACAUCCAGUGUUUGGCCCCUAUGUUGUGGAUCUUUCUGUUCUUGGAGUUGCAUCUUAUGAAGAUGUUCAGGGUUGGCUGACAGUUGGGAACAGUCAGAGAGCUACUGCAGCCACUGGUAUGAAUGAGAAGAGCUCUCGUUCUCAUUCCAUAUUCAACAUUAUUCUCACACAAACAGAGGAGGAGCCUGCAGAGAGAGGGGAAUUCCAUAAGCACUGUCGCAGAAGUAAGAUUAACUUGGUAGAUUUGGCCGGUAGUGAACGAUUGUCACACACUUGCAGCAGUGGAGACAGGUUGAAGGAAGGUGUCAGUAUUAAUGGUUCGUUGCUGUCUCUUGGGAAGGUAAUUGCUGCCUUAGCUGAUAAUGCAAAUGGCAAGAAGAAGAAUUUUGUUCCAUAUCGGGAUUCUAUUCUCACCUGGCUGCUGAGGGAGAGUCUGGGUGGUAAUUCACGAACCACAAUGCUGGCAACCAUCAGUCCAGCAAACAUACAUCUGGAUGAGACAUUAUCUACACUUCGUUAUGCUGGUCAAGCUAGAACCAUUGUUAAUCGAGUGCGGGUCAAUGAAGAUCCGCAUGACCGUCUUAUCAGAGAACUGCGAGCGGAAGUAAAUCAUUUACGUGCUCUGCGGGAGGACUAUGAACAUCAGAUGAAGAUGGGAGUGCCUCGCCGAUUGUUGCAGCCAGAUAGGACUGAUCUAAAUGACAAGGAGCGUGAGAUUGAGAUUUUGAAGGAACAGCUCAAACACAAAGAAGAACAACUGAGACAAUCUGAGGAACUGACAAAGGCUCAAAAACCGUGGACAGAACGUCUUGAAGAGGCUGUGAAACAGAAAUCUGCUGAACUGAAUCAUCUGCGACGCUGUGGGGUGGCCCUGCAAUUGGAUUGGAAGCAACAUUCACCUUGUCUUGUUAAUCUAGCAGCUGACCCCAGCUUCUCAGGCACCUUAUUAUAUCUCUUGCCAGAAGGUGUUAUCCAUAUUGGCCGGCUAGGUGCAACCACAGGGGAUCAACAACCAGACAUUGCUCUCAGUGGACCUCUGAUCCAACCACAUCACUGCACAGUUGAGAAUAAGGACUCAAAAUUAACUCUCAUUCCGGGUUCCAAGGGUGAGACAUUUGUAAAUGGAGAAUUAGCAAAGGAAAGAAUUGGUCUCCAGCAUGGUGACCGUCUAGUGAUAGGAGGAAACCAUUACUUUAGGGUUAGCAACCCAUAUGAAAAUGACACAGCAGCCACGGGGCAGCCAGUGGACUAUGAAUUUGCACAUCAAGAAAUUCUCAGAAUUCAAGAAGAAAGACUUCAUGCUGACUUGGAUGAGGCAAAGAGACAAGCAGUCCAGGAAUUAGAAGCAGCAAAGAAAGAGGCAGAAUGGCAGCUAGGCUUUCAAAGAAUGAAUUAUGAACAACAACUCAAACAAAUAGGCACCGCAUUAGAGGAGCAAAAGAAUGCUCUGUCUGAAAUCCAAAAGAAGAAAGAUGAACUAGAGAUACAAAAGAAUAUGUUAGAAGCUGAGGUUCAAAGGAGAAGUGCAAUUCAGGAAACUACCACAGACUUCAUUGUGACACCAUACAGAUCCAACUUCCUGCAGGAAAUUGAAGCUGCCUUAAAUGAAACUGUGGUGGAUACAGAAAGCAACUUGAAAAUGGAAAUGAGUCUCUCUGACAGCUUGGACGGUACACAUCUCCAUGAACUUAUAGUAGCAGUAGAAGAAGCUAAUCAGCGUUGCAAAGAGAUGGACAUUCAUUUUGAAUUUCAGCACCAAUACAUUUUUGGAGAAUCAGGCCUGGAACCCAAAGUAAGAGUUCGUGACACUGACAAACAUCUGACUGCUUUCUGGAAGCCUACAAAUUUCCUCAAAUGGCUCAGUCUUUUGCGUGAUUAUGAACCGAAUGACAGCUUUAAGGAAUUAUUGGACACUGACUUAUCAUGGGAAGCUGAUGAUUGGAAAGGAAAUGAACACGACAGUAUGCACAAUAGGAGCCGAAUAUCAGUCAAUAUGCACCAAAUUAAACAACAGCUCAAUGACAGCAUACAACAUUUGUCAGUGGAAUACUCAUCAAAUAAUGAUUCAGUUCUAGGCAGUUCACAGAAUUAUUUAUCUGUGACUGACAACACCAGUACAGCAGAUUGCACUCGUGAUACUGAAGGUGUGAGCAACUGUCUGCAACAAAUGGAAACAGCAGCCAUCAGACUUCACAAAUUGUGCAAGAAUAGGAAAAAGUGCGAGAAAGUAUGCACAACUCUGGAUUCACUACAUGGCCUUAUCCAGCAACUGAGGUUUGUUUUAGAUGUCAGCCAUGAACAUGACAUAUCAUUUACACAACAAUAUAACACUUCAGAACAUUCUCCCCAACUCUUUGGAAGCAGUCCCAAGAAGAGAUAUUUUCCUUGUCUGCCUUCACAUUCUGCCCCAGUGAGAUCAAGUCUCCGAUCACCAUGUCCUCAGUUAUCAAGAACAAAGAAAGCAGUCAGAUUCUUUUUGACAACAAGUCAACAGGAACGGAAUACAGAAUAGUAAUACAACAGCAGUUGUAAGGUUUUUAAUUUUAUAAUGUACUGUAAUAUAAAUCAUGUUUUUGUUGAUAACAAUAAAUUAUAAUCUGUC